AUGAGCCAUGGGCCUCACAGCGGUGGCAGCACCAUCAGCAUGCAAGAUCCGCAGUUCUGCAAGCUGCCCAGGAGCGGUGCACAGCAGCAUGGCCAGCAGCCGUCGCUCAAUGGGGGUGCGCUUUCCAUGCUGGGCAGUAGCGGCAUCAUUGACAGUCCCAAGGACAUCACCUUCAGCUUUGUCGACGACGCUAUGGCAACCACCGCCCGGCGCAAGAACCUGUAG